AUGGCAUGCAGCCCUGUCACCCUGGCCUCCUGGCAGCCCCUUGGCCGAGCCGAGCCGAGCCGGGCCGGGCCGCGCUGCGGGCGGGAGCUGGCCGAGCUGGAGGGCGCGGGGGCGGGCUCGGGCGGGGCCCGGGGCCCGGGCGAGCGGCCUGCCGGGGGCCCUGCGGCGGCCGGGGCGGCGCCGGCGGAGCGCGGCGGCGAUGGGGCGCCCGGCCGGGCGGGGGCCGCGGCCUCGGCCGUCUUCGCGGGGCUGCAGGACCUGGGCGUGGCCAACGGCGAGGACCUGAAGGAGACGCUGACCAACUGCACGGAGCCGCUCAAGGCCAUCGAGCAGUUCCAGACGGAGAACGGCGUGCUGCUGCCCUCCCUGCAGUCGGCGCUGCCCUUCCUGGACCUGCACGGCACCCCGCGCCUGGAGUUCCACCAGUCCGUGUUCGACGAGCUGCGGGACAAGCUGCUGGAGCGCGUGUCCGCCAUCGCCUCCGAGGGGAAGGCCGAGGAACGGUAUAAGAAGCUGGAGGACCUUCUGGAGAAGAGCUUUUCGCUGGUCAAGAUGCCGUCCCUGCAGCCGGUGGUGAUGUGCGUCAUGAAACACCUGCCCAAGGUGCCGGAGAAGAAGCUGAAGCUGGUGAUGGCUGACAAGGAGCUGUACCGGGCCUGUGCCGUGGAGGUGAAGCGGCAGAUCUGGCAGGACAAUCAGGCGCUCUUCGGGGACGAGGUGUCCCCGCUGCUGAAGCAGUACAUCCUGGAGAAGGAGCGCGCGCUGUUCAGUUCCGAGCUGUCCGUUCUGCACAACUUCUUCAGUCCGUCCCCCAAGGCCCGGCGCCAGGGCGAGGUGGUGCAGAAGCUGACACGCAUGGUGGGCAAGAACGUGAAGCUGUACGACAUGGUGCUGCAGUUCCUGCGCACGCUCUUCCUGCGCACACGCAACGUGCACUACUGCACCCUGCGGGCCGAGCUGCUCAUGUCCCUGCACGACCUGGAUGUGGGCGACAUCUGCUCCGUGGACCCCUGCCACAAGUUCACUUGGUGCCUGGACGCCUGCAUCCGGGAGCGGUUCGUGGACAGCAAGAGGGCCCGGGAGCUGCAGGGCUUCCUGGAUGGAGUGAAGAAAGGGCAGGAGCAAGUCCUGGGGGACCUGUCCAUGAUCCUGUGUGACCCCUUCGCCAUCAACACCCUGUCGCUGAGCACGGUGAGGCACCUGCAGGAGCUGGUGGGCCAGGAGACGCUGCCCAGGGACAGCCCGGACCUGCUGCUGCUGCUCAGGCUGCUGGCGCUGGGCCAGGGGGCAUGGGACAUGAUUGACAGCCAGGUCUUCAAGGAGCCCAAGAUGGAGGUGGAGCUCAUCACCAGGUUCCUGCCCAUGCUCAUGUCCUUUGUGGUGGACGACCACACCUUCAACGUGGACCAGAAGCUUCCCGCUGAGGAGAAAGCCCCGGUCCUGUACCCCAGUGCGCUGCCAGAGAGCUUCACUAAGUUCCUGCAGGGGCAGCGCCUGGCCUGCGAGGUGGGCCUCUACUACGUGCUGCAUAUCACCAAGCAGAGAAACAAGAACGCGCUGCUGCGCCUGCUGCCCGGGCUCGUGGAGACCUUCGGCGAUCUGGCCUUUGGUGACAUUUUCCUGCACCUGCUCACGGGGAACCUGGCGCUGCUGGCUGACGAGUUUGCCCUGGAGGACUUCUGCAGCAGCCUGUUUGACAGCUUCCUCCUCACCGCCUGCCCCAGGAAGGAGAGUGUCCAGCGCCACGCACUGAGGCUCCUCGUACACCUGCACCACCGGGUGGCCCCCGCCAAGCUGGAGGCCCUGCAGAAGGCGCUGGAGCCCACGGGUCAGAGUGGCGAGGCCGUGAAGGAGCUGUACUCCCAGCUGGGCGAGAAGCUGGAGCAGCUGGACCCCCGCAAAGCCAGCCCCGCCCCGGCCACCGAGCCCCCAGCUCUGGAGCUGCCCCUCCCUGCGGUGCCCGCCCCGCCGGCCAUCUGAGGCCCUGCCUGCUGGACCCGGCCACCUCCUGAAGACAGCCAGACCCCCGACCCCCGUCUGCGGGUGGCUGCACCAGCUUGUCUGCCUCCCCACCGUCUCAGCCCAAAGCAACGAGCAGGGAGAGCCCCGUGUCCCCGGGGAGCGGCGGGGCAGCCGGGGAGACGCAGACACAGGGACUCCGGUCGGCCCGCUGCCCCGGCAGGCUGCACUCAGCGAGCAGGGACCUCACCUCUGCCUCAAUUUACCCUCAGGCUUCCUGCUCCUGUGCUCACUGGGCCGUGUGGAUGAGCGAGGGAUUCGCGUGUAAAUAAAAGACAUUUUGGUAAUGGCGGGCGAGCUGUUCUGUGUGGUG